CAUGUACUGCGCAAUCCAGAAGUGCCUUCGGAGCGAAAAAGGAACAAAGGAAGAAAAGGGGGCAUUGUGCUGUUGGAUGUUUCUGGUUAAAGAACCUCAGUUGUAGAUUCCAAAUUUGAAAUGUGUUCUCAUUGUAAUAUUUUCAGUUAUUUGAACUUAUUUUCCCAGCAUCUAACUACAGCAGAGAAGAGAAUCUUUGCAAAAUAGAAAGACUUUAUGGCCUUAAGUUUGAUAAUAAAUCAGUUGUGGUCAGGAGGGAAUGACACCUGGAUCAAAAGCCAGAGCUCUACUCUAAGGCAAUUAGAGCCAGUGUUGGAUGCACUUAAGCAGAGCAAGCUUGGAGUUGCCUGGAGUUAACACAGGUGUUGCUGUGUUGUGUGGUGCUCCUGCGUGAGGCAGUGAAAGCUCAAGUGUGUCAGUCUAGCACUGAGCCACAUGCACAGGCUGGGGCUGUUGAGGUGCCAGUGGAGAGGAGCCUUUUGGCACACAAGGAGCAGAACAUCUGGCAGUGCAGUGACCAUGUUAGGGAGGGAGAGACCGUCCUCUUCAGUGGUUCUCUGGAUAAAGUAACUUAAGUUGGAGUGUAUGAAUAAGCUGGCUUAAUAGUUGAAUAUGACUUGAUAAAUUCUCAUGUAAAGUCUCCCUACAUUGAAAUGGUUAUUUUUAAUCAAAUGUAGCUGGUUUGGGCAUCCUGUUCUUUUCCAGCAUCUUCCCUUCACUCAAGUCUGAAACGUUUCUGACCUCCUGCCCUCUCGGAACUGCUUCCUCUUCCCUCAUAACUUGAAGUAUUGCUUUACAGCCCAGAACGAGACUUCGCCAGUAGCAGGUCCUCCCAAGCUAGCGAAUUUUAGCCAUAGCUGUUUUUUGUACUAAACCCAAAUAAACUCGCGCAAACCCUCCCGGCCGCCGCCGUUCCUCACUGCGUGCGGGGCCGCCGGGCCGGCAGGGGCCGCUGCGCCCGCUGCGCCAUCGCCGCUCCGCCCCCUUUCCGCCUCCUCGGACGCCGCCAUCGCCGGGACGCCGCGCCGCUCCGCGCCAUGUCGUCGCACAAGACGUUCAAGAUCAAACGCUUCCUCGCCAAGAAGCAGAAGCAGAACCGGCCCAUCCCGCAGUGGAUUCGCAUGAAAACCGGCAAUAAGAUCAGGUACAACUCCAAAAGGAGACACUGGAGGAGGACCAAACUGGGCUUGUGAGAGAGACUGUCCCAGGAGCUCUAAUGAACACUGGUCUUUGUGUGUCAGAUCGAUAACACCCUCGAGUCAUUCCGUCUGUGGUGCUGGAGCACAGGCCCCAGUGUGGGGGUUUUAUAAGCUGGUCUGGGAUGUUGAUGUUAACUGGGAAAUCUUUGUGUCUGAAACAUGGAGACUGUGUUCUAUUAGUGUUCUUUCGGGCAUCACCGUGAGCAUUGACACUGCACAGGCUUUCUAAUAAAUAUGGACCUGAA